AUGGUUCGCACUGCAAACGCCAAUUCUACCGGUUCCUCUCCUCGCAAAAAUACCGACAACGAAUGGACUACCAUCCCCAUCAGACCUAAGCCACUUGUAUCCUUUCCCAAAUCCCCCGCCAAGCCAACCCUACACAUGCUUCUCCUACAGUCCUACUUCCCCAGGGGUGCCAACAAGUGGAUCUGGAACUGCUACCUCGACGACGAAGUCCUGAGUCCAAACCCACGCGGCCAUGAGCGCUACACGCGCAUUCAAAAGGCUUUCACCAAGAGCGGUACUUUCUUCGCUGGGCGCGGCAUUGUCCUGCACUCCCUCAACAUUUGCACCUCUCGCAUCGUCGAGCUUUUCUUCGGGUCCGAGGAGGACCUCUGGAAAGCUGAUGCAUUGGCUGAAGAGUACUCUCGGGCCAUGGCCGGGUCGGAUGGCUGUAUCCGUCGUAAGGAGAAUACCGGGAAGAUGGUCUGCCACGGGGUUUACACUCUCGAUCAAUUUACCAACGAAUUCGUUGGGCGGUGGAAUCUCAAAGAGGAGAGACUGCGUGAGCUUGAGGACAUGAAUCCUGUGUUUGAUUCGAAUGGUAAGAGGGUGCUUUAUAGGAUUCGAUAUGUGCAGUAUAUGAGCUCUCAGACUUCGAAUGAGCGGCUAUUGCGCGCUGGGGCGACUUGGGCGGUCAACUUUAGUGACUUUAGAGUUGCUGAGUGCUUCAUUGAUGGGCAUGCAGAGUUUAACUUUUUCAUGGAUCCUUGCGCUGGGGGACUGAAGUGGUACCAAGAGAAUCCUCCCAGAUUCCUCCGUUUCCCCGACGACUCUAGGAGGAGUUCUGGGUCAUCAAAUGGCAGCGGGAGUGCCCCUGGAGCCGUUGAACCGGCUAAUACUUCGGCUACCGCAACUGCCGCUGGAGCCGGCAAUCGCAUUGGGGAAAAUCCUGAGGGUCCCGUGUUUACCGAGAACCCCGAGCAGGCUAGAAGCACACUGAAAGUCAGAGUUAGUCUCACCGUGUAGAAGAAACCUCAAGAUCGGAUUCUUACUAAUCUCAUCGAGUAGGUUGGGACCCCGGCGGCGGCCAAAACAGCCAGCGUCGAGCAGCAGAUAUCUGAGAUUCAGGCGACUGCCACCGCUCUCGCUGAGGGAGCCAAGCGGACUGUCGACGAGAAGCCUGAAGUUCAGGCCACUACCAAUGCCUCCAUACAGACCGUCGACGAGAAGCCUGAAGUUCAGUCCACUACCAAUUCCUCCAAGCAGAUCAAGGAUUUAGCGAACGUUGGAGCCACUAGCACCGGACAGCAGGAAUAUGAGACUCGGUCGAUUACCACUGCUCCUGCUGAUGGAGUCAAGCAGGCUGUCAUCACGAAGCGGCCCGAGACUCAGGUUCCUACCAAUACCUUCGCCAAGGAGGCCACGAACACGGCGACAGUCAAAAUUGAUACCAUUGAGCAUAAGGAACUUCAGCCAUCGCAGCACUUGGCCAAACCCAAACCCACUGCCCCCAUGGGCUCGGGAGGGGGCAAAGCCACGGAAGCCAGUUGCAUUAGAGAAAUGCGCGAAUCGAAACCAAAGGGUCAACCCCGGGGGGAUGGGGAGCAGCUCUCACCGCCUCUUCCUCUCCCUCCCCCUCCCUAUCGCAAGCCAAUUGCAACCCAAAUUCCCGGCGGCCCCCCCUCAGACACCCUCAACAAGUUCUCACCUCUCGUGCCUCCAGCCCCUUCCGCCGGAGGCCUGAGACCACCUACCGAGGACGUAAAGCGCCAGUACCCUAUUAAUCCCAGGAGGCUCGGAGCGAAGAUCACUCCACUGGCUAGGGAACACACCAGUGGUAGCAACGGCAACCAAUAUUCUGGCCCCGCAGCUCCCGUCUCUACUCUUGCAAGCCAGACUACUACUACUAAACAUCCCUAUCGCCAGAAUCGCCAACCCAAUCCAAGACAAAACAUCGGUCACAAACCGGCUGGCGACAUCACCGCCACCACCGCUACCGCCACUGCCACCACUGCCACCACUGAUAUCACUGAUGCUAGCGCGAUCAAGGGCGGGGCUACAGUAACUUCUGUCGACACCUCUCGAGUCAAAAUCGAAAAAAUCCACCCUCCGGAAGUCAGAGAGAGGCACAAGCUUGCAAAGCUAGCGGCUAGGAAGAAGAGGAUGGCGAAGAAGAGGGCGGACAAGAAAGCGGCUACUACUGAGGCUACUGGUGUUGCUGGAGGAAGGGGAGGGGUCGAAGCGAAGGUUGAAGGGAAGGAGGUAGGACAGGGGGUUGCUGCUGGGUAG